AUGCACCCCGAACACCAAAAUAAAACGUCAGAUUUUUUCGAAAGAAAAGCAUCAGAACAAAGUCGGCAAGUAGUUUUUUUUGAUAAACAUACUAAUUUAAAUAAUACACUUCUUAAAGCUUCUUUUGAAAUGGCUUUACUAAUUAGUAAAGCUAAAAAAAGUUUUACUAUUGGAGAAAACUUGGUUUUACCUGCAGCAAUAAAAAUAUGUGAAAUUGUACACGGUGAUAAAAUUGCAGAGGCAUUACGGUCCAUCCCUGUUUCUAAUGAUACUAUUAAAAGAAGAAUAGACUGUAUGGGAGAUUAUAUAAAAUCUCAAUUAUUAAUUCAAAUUAAAAGAAGUGACACUUUUGCAAUACAACUCGAUGAAUCAACAGAUCUUACAAAUAAUGCCCAGUUAAUGGUAUUUGUGAGAUAUCAAUAUAAUCUACAAAUAAAUGAAGAUUUACUUUUUUGUGAAACUCUUUCUGAGACAACUAAAGGAAUAGAUAUAUUUAAAAAAGUAAAUGAUUUUUUUCUUAUAAACGAACUAUUCUGGUCCAAAUGUGUUGGUGUAUGUACAGAUGGAGCAGCAGCAAUGACUGGUAAAAUAUCAGGGUUUAAAGCAGAAGUGAUGAAAGUUAAUUCUGAUGUAAAAUUUGUUCAUUGCAUUAUACAUAGAGAACAUUUAACUUUUCGAAAAAUUGGCUGUGAACUGAAUUCAAUAAUGAAUGAUGUAGUAUCAAUGGUAAAUUUUGUGAAAAGCCGUGCUCUUAAUUCAAGACUUUUUAAAAUUUUAUGUGAAGAUGUGGGAUCCAACCAUAAUACACUACUAUUCCAUACUGACGUUCGUUGGCUAUCCCGAGGUAAAGUUUUAAAAAGAGUUAUAGAACUAAGUGAUGAGCUCCGUAUAUUUCUCUGUGAUAUUAAACCAGAUUUAUCUGCACUGUUAAGUGAUGAAAAAUGGAUGUGUUUAGCUUCAUAUUUAGCAGAUUUUUUCGAUAAAGUUAAUGAAUUAAAUCUAUCUCUUCAAGGUAAAAGUACAAACAUUUUAAUACUUACCUCAAAAAUUCAAGCAUUUAAUCAAAAAUUAUCUUCUUGGUUAAAUGCAUUUAACAAUGGAGAUUCCUCAAUGUUUCCGAGUUUACAUGAUUUUCUUACUGCUAAUGAACUUUCAAUAGCAAUUUCAGUUUCAAGUGUAAUAACUGACCAUAUGUCUUCAAUGCUAACAUUUUUAUCUAAAUAUUUUCCAAAUUUAAAUGAAGAUAAUGAACUAAAUUGGGUAAAAAUACCAUUUUCUAUUUCUUUAAAAUACGAUCAUAUUCCAUGGGCCGCAAAAGAGCAACUAAUUGAAAUUAGAGAAGACUCAACUCUUGAAACAGAAUUUAAUGAAAAAGAACUUACUGAAUUUUGGUUAAGACGACAGCAAGAGUAUCCAUUAAUUUCAAAAGCGGCAUUACUUAUAUUAAUGCCUUUCGCAUCGACAUAUCUUUGUGAAACUGCAUUUUCACAACUUCAAAUUAUAAAAAACAAACAUAGAUCAUGCAUUUCACAACAGUCGUUAGAAGCAAACUUGCGUAUUUCAGUUUCAAAUAUCACACCGGACAUAAAUAUGUUAUGCGAAAAUAUGCAAGCUCACCCGUCACAUUAA